GAGACAAUGGAGUUGAAAAAAUAGUAUGGGGUAAAAAUGAAUACAUAGAUCUAGAGAAUGCAACGAACAAGAUUUGUGAACUGAAGACAGAGUCUCACAGAUAUAGAUGGAAGGAGAGAAAGGUAGAGUAUGUGUAACGGGAGGUUCAGGGUUCAUAGGGUCCUGGUUGAUUAUGAGGCUUCUUGAGCAUGGUUACUAUGUCAAUACCACUGUUAGAUCAGACCCAGAACACAAGAAAGAUGUAAGCUUCCUCACAGCUCUACCUGGAGCAGAAGAAAGGCUCCAAAUUUUCAACGCGGACCUAAGCAACCCGGAAAGUUUCAAUGCAGCCAUCCAAGGAUGCGUCGGAGUGUUCCAUGUUGCUACUCCGGUUGACUUCAAAGACAAGGAACCUGAACCAGUAGUGACCAAACGAUCAGUCGAUGGAGCCCUUGGUAUCCUCAAGGCGUGCCUAUAUGCAAAAACAGUGAAACGAGUUGUGUACACUUCUAGUUUAUCUGCUGUUCAAUUUAACAACAAGGAUGUGGAAGACAUGGAUGAGAGUUUUUGGAGUGACACAGAUUACAUUAAAGCUCUAAAGCCAUAUGGAGGAUCAUACGUGAUUUCGAAGACAUUGACUGAAAGAGCAGUUCUUGAAUUUUCGGAGAAAAAUGGAUUGGAUGUUGUGACAGUAAUUCCUUCUUUUGUUGUUGGCCCCUUCAUUUGUCCCAAGUUCCCCAGCUCUAUUCGAUCCGCAUUGGCUCUGGUUUUAGGUAACAGGGAUGAAUAUCCUAUUCUUAUCAAUUUAUCAGUGGUACAUGUGGAUGAUGUCGCCAGAGCACACAUUUUCCUUUUUGAACAUCAUGAUGCAAAAGGGAGAUACAAUUGCUCAUCAAAUGUCAUAACAAUUGAAGAAAUGGCCAAGUUCCUUUCUGCCAAAUUCCCCGAAUUUCAAAUACCCUCAACAGAGUCAUUGAAGGAAGUUAAAGGUCCUAAGAUUCCUGGUCUGUCAUCAAAGAAGCUCUUGGAUACGGGUUUCAAAUUUAAGUAUGGGGUUGAUGAGAUGUUCAGUGAGGCAAUUCACUGCUGCAAAGAGAAUGGUUAUCUGUAAUUCCCAUCUGCCAUUAUAAGGUCUACAUAUGGUCAUAUGCAUUUAAUACAUUACCGGUACAAUCAUUCCCAAUUUGGUUGGGAAAGGAACUUUUCUGGUUUAAUAUUAAUAAUGUAGAAAUAAAAUGAUGGGUGCGUCUAUUGCCACCCUACCAUUUUCUUUGUUCA